UUGUUGCGCGCGCGCAACAAAUCGUCAGAACCAAGGCUGAAUCUCAGCGGAUCGUGGCAACAAGGCCACUCUGCCGCGUACAAUACCCCGUUCCUUAUUCAAGUCGUCUGCAAGGGAUUCGUCGGCCCGGGUCCGUGAAUUGUGGUCGCUCGCGGCUCAGGCAGUGCUACCGUUGCUCGUGGCGUCCCCGGGCCGGUAGGUGGCUUUCCUUCCGGCAUGGAUUCUAACUUAGAGGCGUUCAGUUAUAAUCCGGCGCAUGGCAGCUUCGCCGCAUCGCCGUUUCCGGCGGCGGCUAUACCGAUGAUGCGAAUUGGUGGUUCCUCUCGUACUGAACCAAAUUACCGUAGAAAAACAGACAGCAGUAGGGUAAAACUAACCUGUCUCACGACGGUCUAAACCCAGCUCACGUUCCCUGUUGGUGGGUGAACAAUCCUGCAUUUGGCCCCCGCUGCGAGGCAGUGAUAGGAAGAGCCGACAUCGAAGGAUCAAAAAGCUACGUCGCUAUGAACGCUUGGCAGCCACAAGCCAGUUAUCCCUGUGGUAACUUUUCUGACACCUCUAGCUUGAAAUUCCCAAAGACGAGAGGAUCGAUAGGCCACGCUUUCGCGGUUUGUAUUCGUACUGAAAAUCAAAAUCAACCGAGCUUUUCCCCUUUCGGUCCACAUGAGAUUUCUGUUCUCAUUGAGCUCAAAAUCGGGCGCCUGCGUUAUUUUUUAACAGACGUGCCGCCCCAGCCAAACUCCCCACCUGUUAGUGUCCCCGACGCGGAUCGCGCGCACGAAGCGGCUUGGAUCCAGAAGUGAGGCGAGCCUCCCUCCGCGCCACCGAGUAAGUAAAACAACGUUGACGGUUGCGGUAUUUCACUGUCGGGUUGCCCCUCCCGCAUAUUCUACACCCAUCAAGUCGUUCCACAGUAACAGACUAGAGUCAAGCUCAACAGGGUCUUCUUUCCCCGCUGAUUCUUCCA